GUCUGAAGCCAAAAAUGCAUUUACAGCUUCACUCGCAAACAGCGCCUAACUGCCUCCAAAUUAAGGAGUAAAAACAAAAAAGAUUAAAAAAGAAAUUGUCGAUAGAGAUGCUAAUAAUAAUAACGACGGAAGCUGGCGCCGAACCACUCUGCAAAGAUCUCAAAACCUCCAGAGAUCUGAUCUACACCCACUGAAUUCCGAGCUUUCUUUAGCCCGAAAGCAAAAAACGUCAAAAAAAUGAAAAACACGGCGCAGUCUUGGUUCCUGGGCGGACCCAGUAGCAGCGGUGUCGAUCAACAGAAAUCGCCGUCGUUGCUGGCGGAUUGGAACGCCUACGCCGCUUCCCAAGACUCUGAUUCUUCCGCUCUUGGGUUCGAUCUCGAAGCCGCCGUUCGUACCACGACUGAUAAAGUCAGUGGUACCUUUAACGUGGUGUCAAAAGGAGUCAGAGACUUACCAGGCAGCUUUCAGUCUGCAACUAGCAAUGUACCUUCUGGUAAAUCAUUAAUGUACUUCGGCAUGCUCCUUGCCACUGGAGUGUUCUUUGUCUUCAUUGCGUUCACAAUGUUCCUUCCAGUGAUAGUAUUGGUGCCUCAGAAGUUUGCUAUAUGCUUUACAAUCGGUUGUGCAUUAAUUGUUGGCUCAUUCUUUGCUUUGAAAGGUCCUCGAAAUCAGCUUGCACACAUGUCCUCCAAAGAGAGGCUGCCUUUUACAUUGGGUUUUGUUGGUAGUAUGAUGGGAACCAUUUAUGCUUCCAUGUGGCUUCAUAGUUACAUUCUUUCCGUGCUGUUCUCCGUAUUACAGGUCAUUUCACUAUCAUACUAUGGUAUAUCCUACUUCCCUGGAGGAUCUUCUGGGUUGAAAUUUCUUUCUUCUACUCUCGCUUCAUCAGUUUUGAGAUGCUUUGGGAGGUGAUAUUGGUGUCUGGGUUUUUCAUAUGGUAAUUUGGUCAUUUACAAUGGGCAACUUUUUACAAGAUUCAGGAUCUUCCAGUAUCCAUUGUUGUGUAAAAUUAGAAGUUAUGUACAAUCAUUUGGAGUAACUUCUAAUGAAAUUAUGAGAUAUAAUUGAGUUUUUAUUCAAAUGGUAAAUUCAAAUAUGAUUCAUCCUUAUUGUAGGCAGAUGAUCAAUUGCUGUACAUUUUUUUUUUUUUGCUAAUCUAAAUAGCAGACAUGGUAAUGGAAUUAUUUCUUUCCAUUAUUUCUUUGUAUUUUAUCAUUUUGGAAGAUGCUUUUGGUUCCCUGUGGAAAUAUUUAUAUUAUCUGCUUGAAGAAAGACGGAUGGUGGGUGAAGCUAAAGCUGAUGUUUGCGCAUAAGACAGUAACAUUUUAUCAGUAAUCUGUAUUGAGGAUUCCAGAAGGCCCCAAAAGAUUCUAGAAACUCCGUAAUGGAUUCUGCUAAUCGAUCAUACUUGCAUCACAAAUAUUUUUAACAAUUUUUAUAGCAGUUUGAAUAUUUGUUCUGUUUUUAUUAGUAUCAGGACCUUUAGAAAGGAAAUCCUAAGAACAACCAGUAAGACCAUGAUACAACAAAGUAGAAUCUCCAGAAAAUCAGAAAAUAGCAGAAAGAGGAUUCUGUUACGGGUAAUAUAUUUUACUUUUUUGUUACUCUCAUGUAUUGUGUUGCUCGGACUCAAGAACAAGCAUUGGAUACGAGUAUGCAUCGAAUAGACAUAUACC